UGAAUUCGCCUUGUUUACAACAAACACAUGAUUUUGGCAUUAAUAAGUACGCGGCGAAAAUCUAAAUUCGCCAGUAACACACCCUUGGUUCAUUGGUUCAUGCGCUGCACCGGGUGUCCGAGCACUAAAUGUGGUCGUGAUCGAGGUGGUCAGCGGGGUGUUAGCCGUGUGCUGACAAAGUUGGAAAAUUCAAUAGAGUCGGGAAACUACUAUGAAGCACAUCAAAUGUAUCGUACAUUGUACUUUAGAUACACUGGGCAACAGAAAUAUACAGACUGUCUGGAGCUGUUGUGGAGCGGCGCAAUGAAGCUCGUCUCUAAACAACAAGAGACCAGUGCCGCGGAUUUAGCCCUUCUUCUUAUCGAUACAUUAGAAAAGCGUGGUAGUGCUGGAACUGAAGCUAGUAAUGAUGGUGACCUGUGGAUUGAUCGUUUGGCUACUAUUAUUGGACAUCUCAGCGCUACAACUGUUGAACGCGAAACUUUGGUCAAUCGUGCAAUAAAAUGGAGUAGCGAUAUGUCCGGAAACACUUUGGGACAUCCUAGCAUGCAUAAAGCUAUUGCUCAAGUAUUUUGGGCGGAAGGAAAUUAUGAGCAGGCACGUCAUCACUUUUUACUAAGUCGCGAUGGAAAUUUGUGCGGACGCAUUCUGAUAAAGAUUCAUAAAAACAAAGGCUAUGACAGCGAAUUGGACUUGUUUAUAGUGCAAGCCGUACUACAACAGUUAUGUUUAAAAGAUCGCAGAACAUCCGAAGAAACGUUUAUUUCCUUUACCACAAAUCAUUCGGAUAUCAGGCGUAAAGAAGCUCCUUUUAAACAACCACUACUCAAUUUCGUAUACUUUUUGUUUCGCUGCAUCGAUACCGGGCGACAGGACGCUUUUCGUGCUUUAUGUGACCUGUAUAAACCGUCUUUGAAUAGGGACCCUUCCUUUGAGAAGUAUUUGAUAAAAAUAGGAGUACAUUUCUUCGGUGUUGCACCGCCGUCUACUAUGGGCGGUGGCGGUUUAAUGGGUGGAAUGUUUGGUGAUUUGUUUACACGAUUGUUCCAGGGGUUUGAUGAUGACGACGACGAAAGCGAAAAUGGCCCACAGCCAGCUCCCUUCGGGGAUGUACCUAGACGCACUGGAGGGACAGCAAAUGCUGCAGAUUUAGACUAACAUCCAAUGACUUACUCGGUAAUGGAUAUUUGCACAAAAAUAUAUGCGGUGUAUUCUGAUUUUGUGCAAAAAAUAAGAUUUAAUAAAUUAAACCAUUAACUUCUGCAUGUUAAGUUCAA